UCUCUUGUCAGUAGCAGUUUCAAGAAUCAAGAUGAUGUUCGUCUCCAAAUUGUUCCCGUGUCUCUUACUAGCCAUCAUCGUUCCGUCAGCAUCAGAAACCCUAGAAGAAAAAUUUGCAGCUUUCCUUGAAGUUCUCGAAAACAUUAAAUCCGAAGUUAGCAACAUAUCGAACGUCCUCGCCGAUCAGUGUCCCUGUUUUGAAGAUGUAGUGCUGAAUGGAACCGAAACAAUUCAAGAUGUGGAAUGCUUUCAAACGAAGAUUGCAGUCUUUCGAAAUGGCUUCAAUGCCUUACUCGCCUCUGCCAAAUCCCUCAACGCCACAACAGGAUGCCCCUUAGGAGGUGCAGUGUUCAUAAACCUGUGUAAUUCGACUUCUGACGAGUCUGGUGGAAGUCAAAAUAACACCCAGGAAUCUACGACUAUUGUUGAUUAUACGUUUGGGCCGUUCAAUGAAAACUCGUAUGAGCUUGACUACUUUGGGAACGAUCCGUUUGUAGUCCGAUGUCGAAUUGUUCCAGGUGGACCGGAUGUUCGACUGGGUGGCGCCACUGAUGCGCCAUUAACAGCGUCAGCUGUUGGAACUGGCAUUGUUUACUUAGAGCCAACGAAUGAAGUGUAUGUGGCCAUUACAUUUGACGACACCUCACUGAAUGGGGUUUAUGCCUUCAACAGGACCGGCUUUCCGGAUAUCAGGCUGGUCUUCCCGUAUGAUGGCCCCACUGGACAGCUCUACCUAUCUGGAGAUUUUCUGUAUAUGGUUGAUGGUCCGAAAAUCUUCAGGAUCGCUGAUGGCGACAGUUCAUGGACUCUAGUAAUUACGUGGCUUUUAGUUCCCAUUGGGUUUGCAGUUCAAGAUGAUGGUACAAUGGCGUUUUGCGAGUCAUCGGGUGCCCUGUGGCUGUUCAAUCCAGGAACAUUUUUCUUCAGACAGGUGAAACAGCCAAAUCCUGUGUCCUGUGCCUCCCUCGAACUGCACAACGGCCUUAUCUACGUCGCAAGCGAGGGCUCGUCAAUGGUUGAGGUUUUCAACUCUUCUGCUGUUGGAACUGAUGACGUCAUGCCAUUCAAUUUGAACACGUCAACAACAUGUCCAUUACUUGUGAUAGACCCUCGGUUCUGAUCGUGAACGGACACCACGUCAUCAGAGAGUGUAACCAUCACUACAGACACACAGUUAUAAAAACAACAUGUUUUAACUAUA